GAAAAUCAACGAUCACCUGCCUCGCCUCCUUUCCGUCGACAUUGCGGGCCGCUCGUCACCUUGUCACCGCAUAUUUAGCCCGAUUUUAUGAGAUUUACCCCUAUUUUUAGGAAAACAUGUUGCGGACAACAGUAAAGGGUUCCUUGGGACGCCUCGGAAGGAUGUGUUCCCCGAGACGGUCAGCGCUACCACAGAAGGAAAUUCGAGCACAUCAGUCCACGAAAUCAGGCGGAGGUGGUAGUGGAAAAAUCUGGGUCCCGAUCACAGCCUUGACAGCUGCCACCGUCGGCACAGCCAUCUACGCAAAAUAUGAUCCCUCCUUCAGGCGUCUGCUGGAAGAUAACGUUCCCUACUCAGAUCAAGUCAUUUCAACAACUAGUUCGGUCAUCGACACCACCACUGGUCUUGUUGACUCCGCCUCUGGCAUGAUAGAUUCGGCGAAGGGUUUCGUUUCUUCCACUCAAGAGAAGGUUACAAAUCUUUUUGGUGGUUCCGAGGACAAGCCCAAACCCCUAGCAGCUCCUGUUACCCCACCACCCACCCCUAAAGUGAAGGAAGCUGCCCCGGUUGUAAAGAAAGAGGAAACUAAGCCUGUCUCCAAACCCCCUACGCCAAGUGCGGAUGACAGUCUGUUGAAAAAGAAACUUGAAAGGGAUGCGCAAAAUGCCGCCCUCAGUGGACUGAUCAAGCUCCAGGCCUCUGUUGAUUCUGCUUGCGGCUCUGCAUCCGCAUCCACGGCCAACGCAGUUAAUCAAAUCAAAAAUUUGGGUCAAGAUUUUUCGACGUACUCAGCUGAUGAGCCUUCCGAGAGGCUUAUUGCGUCCCUCAUCUCCAAAAAUACAGAGGCUGAAAUCGUCACGAAAAAAGCUAUUCAAUCGGCUGGAGAGGCAAAAGCCAAACUGGACAGCCUCAAAACUGCGGUCAGCAACUCGACAGCUACUGCUGAGGGGCUCAAGUCCAUCCAGGAUAGUAUCGCAAAGGCUGAGAAGCAGCUGAAAGACGCCGAAGAGUCGCUCUUCAAGGCUCAGGAGGCAAUUAAGCCUUCUGAUGCCCUCGCUUCACAAAUCUCCACUGCCUACCACAAGUUGAAGCAAGAGCUUGGUCCAAACUGGGACUCAACCAAAAAGGACGACCAGGAUUUGUUUGUAUUGCUGAUUUCGCUCCGCAUGCUCCACUACAAGGAGCAACUUAGCAAGCAAUCGAAAAUGGACGAACGAGUUUUGGUCGACAGUCUGAAGGCUGCCGGCGAAGAGGGUCUAGAGGAGAGAGUGCAGGAACACCUUAAAGGCAAGGAAGAGGAACUGAGGAGGCAACUGAACGAAGAAUACCAUGCACAGAUCAUUCAAGUGAGGGACGAGGCAGAGAGGAGAGCCCAGGCGCAGCUCCGUCAGCAGGCAAUGAUCAUGACCGACGACAAGAACGCUGCGUUGGUGUCGCAGAGGUCGGCCUUCUCUCGGGAACUGUCUGACAGGAUUGGCCACAUGGUGCAGCAGCACACCCAGCAGAUCGGAUCUGCUGUUGAUGCUUUGAAUAAAGCUGACAAAAACAUUAAACAGAGGGAAGAGGCUGUCCUCCACGGUGCAAAACUACUGGCCAUAUCUCGCAGCUGUGACAGUCUGAUGCGUUCUCUUGGAAUUAAUCCAUUCCCGGCCAAGGACUGGACGCACCAGCGUCGGAACAUUGACGGUCAUGUUAGGGACGUUAAAAAAGUGUUUGAGGGCAGAAAGGAUGAGUUUGUUGAAGCAGCAUUAAAGAUGCUGCCUGAAAAGGGGAUCAAAAAUGGAGUACUUACUGAACCAGCCCUGAAAGCUAGGUUCAACGAUGUCGAAAGGGUGGCUCGAAAAGUGAGCAUGAUCCACAAAGAUGACGACGUGCCCUUGACCUCUUACCUGCUGUCCUACCUGCGCUCCACUGUCCUCCUGCAGCCCCACACCAGUAUAAAGCCAAGCGAAAUCAACAAUGACCCUACCGACAUCGCUGCCCUUGACAACAACGCCCUUCUCGACAGAGCAAAAUACUUUGUCGAUCAAGGAGACUUGCUUCAGGCUGCCAAGUAUGCAAACCUAUUGCGGGGUCCGUCUCGAUACGUGGUAAGUGGGUGGUUGGAGGAGACGACCACUUUGCUGGAGGUGAAGAACGCAGCACAGACGCUGGCCGCGUAUGCUUCGCUCUUAGUCCAAAAGCAAGUAAUACAGCCUGAGUUGUCGACACCCAAGGCGUAAUCGCUUUAGCCAUUUUAGCCAGACUCAGAAUUCAGUGUAAAUACUUCGAAAUAUAAUCUUUAUCGCUUUUCGUUCCUGCAGGUUCUAAAAAAGAAACUUAUGACUGUAAAACUGAAACAACAGCAAAUUAAUUCACCAUCUUAUUUAUUUGUUGGAUAUUGUUCACAUUCAGUUGAAUAAAUGAACGGUUGUUACCUCAAAAAUGCAGUAA